AUGGACCAUAACCUUCUCAUCUCAGAGCUUCAAGCUCUGGCAGUAGAAACCAAACGGCGAAAUCCCGAAGUCAAGGAUGCGAGUGAAGCUGCGCUGGUCGUUCUCAAGGAUGGGCCAUUACCACGACACACUUUGCUAGAUAAUGCCGACACAUUGCUGAGCCCUGUAACCCUCGGGUGCAAGACCAAGACUGCCAAGGUCAUCGGUAUCAGCAUUGCUGCGCUGCAGAGGCUCGUGGCUCUGGGAGGAGUACCAACAUUGAAACUCCCAGAAGUCUUGGGAACAUUGAGCAGCGUGGCCAACCAAGCUGUGGACAUUCAGCUCAAGAUAUUACAAACGUUGUUGUCUAUCUUGACGUUCAAUAAGGAUGUUCACGACGAAGUACUCGGCAAUACACUACUACUGUGUUUCAAACUACAAGACUCCCGGGUGUCUGUGGUCUCUUCAACAGCCGCCGCCACCCUCCGCCAAGCAGUCAUGCUCAUCUUCGACCGCCUCUCUUCAACCCACCUGUCCCCGAGCUUGACGCCCUCCGAGCCCCCAACGCCCUCCACUGUAUCCCUUACCCUCCCCUCAGAGCCACCACAAACACUCCAAGUCACACCAUCUGCUAUGGACGCUUAUAGCAUCUUCUCCGACCUGUGUAUACUGGCGGCCUCGGCAGGGGCACAUGGGUCGACAUUUGGGGGGCUGUGGAAAGGCGGGGAUGCGGAGAAACCAAAGCUCCUGAAGCUCCAUAAUCUGCAGAGGACAUUCGCUCUCGAGUUGAUUGAGAGUAUCUUGAGCGGAUAUGAGAGUGGGGUCAAAAAGCGCCCUGAACUCUUGUUCCUUCUUCAGCAUUCACUCCACCCGCUCCUGCUCAGACUCCUCUCCGAGAAGCCAACAUUUCCCAUUGCACUCCGAGUGUGCAGAUUGAUCUUUCUUCUAAUCCGGUCAUUCAUCGACCAGUUACCGGGCGAGAUAGAGAUCUAUCUUGCUUCGCUGAUCAAGAUUGGCGCAGGAGAGCACGAGGGGGAUGAUGUUAAAGUGAAGGAGAACACACCGCCGUGGUUACGGGUUCUAGCAAUAUGCGGCGAUCACGCCCUGCUUCAAAGCAUUUACACCCACUUUGACGAAGCCGGCGGUUCAGUCCUCUUCGCCAAAAUCAUCAAUGCCCUCGGCCGCCUGAUCAACGAAAAACCCGCCCUCCUCGGAAUGGGAUCCCAAAUGCAUGGUCUUGGUGUCCCUACAGGCGUGCAAGCUGAUGCCUCCGGAUCGAACCCGAGUCUACAUGGUGGGUAUCUGGACAUGGGUCUAGGGAUGUUGGGGUCGGCGGCGAGCGCGGGGGUGUCGACGAUGAACGCUAUGAUGGCGGGACCCAGUGGAGGAGGAUUAGGACAGUAUUCCGGAAUGAAGUUGAAACUAAUAGAGCAGCAUGACAAGUCAGAUGCCCCCAUAUUUCCCGAGACCUACAUCUACCUUGUCGCGUUCCAAUCCCUCAAUACCAUCGCACAAGGCAUCUACACUGUCGUCGCUUCCAAGAAUCCUCCUCCAACUUGCCUUCAAGGCAUGGCCUCCUCCGCCUGGCCUGCUCUUCUCGCUGCCUUAUCGUACUCUAUCGGCACCAACCUCUCGGAUACGCUCUUUGCCGAGGUCCUCACGGCCCUACAGGACUUUACAGUCGCAUGCGGCUUGCUCAAACUUGGCACACCGAGAGAUGCCUUCUUGAAUACGCUGGGCAAAUAUGCGGUUCCGCCCCCUGCAGUGUCGGCAAUGCAGACGUAUAUUGAGGCGCCUGGGCAAAGGAAUGCAGGAGGUAUAGCAGCCGAUGCUCUUGGGUUCGCGUCGUCCCUUGCUGGUAAUGCGCCGCCUGUUGGCCCACCGAGCUUGUCGGACAGGAAUUUGGCCUGCCUGAGGAGCGUAAUCAACACGGCGCGAGUCUUGGGCCCGACACUGGGAAAGGCGUGGCAUGAUGUCUUGGAAAUCUUGCAAAACGCCAAUUUCAUGAUGUCUGUCUCUAAACAAUCUGCACCCAGGCGAUAUGGGGGCGUGGGCGGUUCUCCGAAAAAGGCUCCCCCACCUACGCUGGGGAGAGCUGGUGAGACCGUGGAGCCGAAACCUCCAAUCCUGCAAGAUCUCGAGCCUGAAUCAAUCCAGCAAUUGAUAAAUGGUCUCUUUGACUCUUCAAAGGAUCUACCGGAUGAGGCGCUCACGACAUUUGUGACGGCUCUGUGUCAGUUGAGCUCGGAAAUGAUUGGUAUGGAGACUUCCCAGACGAGCUUCUUUCCCGACAAUGCCUCAGAAGUGUCUCUUCCACCGACGCCCUCGUCUUCCGCCAUAUUCAGUCCCCCUCUAGACAACAGGCGUCGGACGAGUGGCAUCAACGUUUCCCAUGGGAUCAAGUCGGUCGAAAGGUCAUUCAGCUUGACCAAACUGAAAAGUGUGUCAACCCGGAAUCUGAAACGGAUCGUCACGAAGGAGCCGGCUGUGGGAUGGGAUGCUAUUACCCAGCACCUUCUCGCUGUAGCGAGACAUCCUACUGCUACAUCUACAAUCAGAGUACAGGCGUCCGAGACUCUUGGUGAGCUGUUACUUGCAGCGGUCAGAGUUGGCAAAGAGUCGAGGACACAACAUCAGGUAUUCGAUGUUCUCGUGCGUCAGGUUGACGCACAGCCUAUCAGCAACUCUUUGGCUACCGACUUUGACGUGCGGUCGUCCGGAUACCAAACAUUGAAUCAUCUGUUGGAGUCUUCGGGGCAUUCCCUGCAAGUCGGCUGGGGAAUGAUCUUUGACAUGUUGGAUGGCGUUUGCAGAGACGACAAAGUCAACAAGGAACAGCUAUACCCCGGCGAUACAUCCUCUGAAGCUCGACGCCCAGCCACAGUCUCUAGCAAAGGAAGUUCCAACCUCGUCCGCAUCGCUUUCCCUUCCCUCACUAUCAUCUGCACCGACUUCCUUUCCUCGUUGGACGACGAUUCCUUGCGGCAGUGCAUUGUCAGUCUGGGCUACUUUGGGGCCCAGAAGGAAGACGUCAAUAUUGCACUUGCGGCGAUUGGUCUCUUGUGGAAUGUGUCUGAUGCUGUGCAAAGAGACUCGAAAGAGCUGUGGUUAUAUCUCCUCACGCAAUUACUGGCCCUUGGACAAGAUGGUCGACUGGAUGUGCGGAAUAGCGCUAUUCAGACGCUCUUCCGCUGUAUAGAGAUCUAUGGGUCAGGCUUGACUUCGGCUCUUUGGCAAGAUGUACUUUGGAAAGUGAUCUUUCCUCUGAUCGAAGCAGCAGAAGGCGAAGAGACGCAAGUACUCGCCUUGACUUCUGUGGGUUCGGUAUUCGGCUCCUUCUUAACUUUGAUCGCCGAUCUCGAUUCGUUUGAUGAGGCACUUGAACGAUUUUUGGAUCGUGUGAGACAUGCCUUCACGAGUCAGGCCCGUGCUUGCUGUACGGCCGGCCUCAAGGCAUUGGAGAAGGUCCUCAUGGCCGCAGAUGCCAGCCGCAUAUCCCUUGGCGACACGAUGCAAAAGAUCGUCGAUGCCUCUUGGUUGACCUUUGUGGAUAUGGGCAAUGCCUUCACCAACGGCGAGCCUUAUACUCAAGGGAACUUGAUCGCCCUCACACGCGCUGGCUCCCUGCUGCACGACAAUCUCGCUCCUCACGAUAUCGAACGCCUGGCCCAAUUCGCUUCUAUUCUUCGAUCGAUCAUGACAUAUAUCCGGUCCCCCGAUUUGCGUCCGGAUAUCGAUGUCAUGUCGCCUUUGCAGACUAGCAUAUGCGAGGUUAUAGCCGACUCGAAGCUGCUAGGUCCACAUCUCGUACUUUCGAGCCUGGCCGAGUUUGCAGCUUUGGCGUAUGUGGCAGUUGUAGGGCAGCGGGACGCGGGAACAAAACUGACCUACGUCGCUCUGUCCAAGUGGUCAAUGAGAAAGAUCGAGGACGUAUUUGAGGAGUCUUCAAAGAACAAGGAGUUGUAUGAGGACGGGACGGUCGAGAGCGUGAUUGGCAUGUACUCCAUACCAAUCAAGCUAAAGUAUGACUGCCCAUCAGCCAAUAGAUUCGGCGAUGACCCGCCCCUUUGGCGAAGUGCAACACUUGCCUUCUCAUCAAUAUUGGGAUGGGUCAUAGCAGCACUGGACAAUGAAGACAUCGAGAGCGAAAAAAUGGAAAGAUUGUGGGCUCAGAUCAUGGAGGUGUUUGGUGGCAUGCUUUCGGCCGACUCCUCUGGCGAUGUUUCAUCUGAUGACGAAACCUUUGUUGUUGACCACCUUACCCGAAUGCGGGACAUUGUGAUCCCUCGUCUGGGACACUCUUUCGUCCCGGAUAGAGCCAUCUCGCAUUUCGCCGAUGUUCUCAGCAGAGCCAGUCAUCUGUAUCAGUAUGAUGUCCGAGUCAGUGGUGGGACGACUGCUCCUGCGCUACCGACAACGCAAGAAGAAUUGCGAUAUUGGGCAUUCGACCUGCUGGUGACGUUGUCGGUACAAAGGGCCGAGAAGGAGCAAGAUAUACAAGGUCGUCAGAGGAUAGCCAAGUUGACUCUCCCGUCUUUGUUGAAACGCUUCAACGUGUCCAUUCGUCGAUUUCUGGAAGACAGAAAGAUCAGAGGCAAUCUACCGUUGGGGAGGGCAAGGGAGGAUGAGCUGCUGUACGUCCUGCGACACUUGGCUACUACCAAGGUGUGGAAGGGCAGCGCCGUAGACAGUGCUCAUGUGGCUACAAAGCUAGCACUCGUCUACGAAGACUCUCCUCGCGCCCAUCUUUUCCAAUUCUACGCACCCCUCCUUGAGCUUUCCUCUAAUGUUGACCAUACGCCGUCUAUUUGGCUUUUGCCGUCAGAGCAUGCGAGACUGUUUGAGAAAUCCACAGAGGUGGAGGAUGGUGCGGUUGAGACAAGAGAGGGUGAGGGAGAUGGAAGUGACAAUGUAGGAGAUGGCGAAGGAUUGAUAGAAGUUACUGCAAGAGACCUGGCUACGAGGUCUUUGGAGCUCAUCGGACAGGAGCUGGGGUUGAUGACCGCUUGA